AUGGGCAAAGUACAUGAGGGGCUUUGUGGUGCUCAUCAGUCCGGACCUAAGAUGAAGGUCAGAAUUAAACGCCUUGGUUAUUACUGGCCGACUAUGAUCCGUGAUUAUGUAGUGGGUUCUAUUGACCGUCCUUCCUCUAAGGGUCAUAGGUUUAUUCUGGCUGCAACUGAUUACUUCUCUAAGUGGGCAGAAGCUAUCCCGCCUAAGGAAGUCAAAUCAGAAGAUGUGAUGCGCUUCUUUCGCGAUCACGUCGUUUACCAUUUUGGUGUUCCGCGCUGUAUAAUUUCGGAUAACGGCCCAUCUUUUAGAAGCACCAAAAUUGCUAGAUUUGCCCGCCGCCAUAACAUAAAUUGGACUACAUACCGUACUCCGACUCAGUGUACACCAUAUGCUUUAGCUUUUGGGGUCGAAGCCGUUCUCCCACUUGAGGUUGAGCUCCCUUCGUUGCGUAUAGUAGUUAGCCACAAUCUGUCUCACAAAGAUAAUGCCCGACUCCGGUUGGAAGAACUUGAUGGUUUAGAAGAGCUUCGUUUGCAAGCUUAUCAGAACUUAAGGCCCGUAUGGCCCAGGCCCAUGAUCGCCUUGUUCGACCCCGUGCUUUUCAG